AUGGCGGCACAUGAGCUAAUAUUUCCUGGUCAUCUGACGCCCCCUGAUAUUCCGGCGUACCAGCAGUUUUCCAGCCAAUUAGCGAACCCCCUCAUGUCCACCAAUCGAUGUCGACGACCACGAAAGGCCGCUCGACUCCUAUUGGACGGUGUUGAUGGUCGCCUCAAUCCAGAGGCUUACUACUACAAGUCAAAAUCUGCCAGCAGACGAGAAAAGACGCAAGCUGGACAAGGAAUUGACAACGCCUCCCUUCGUCUUUACCCUGCCCUCAACCGUGGUGAUCUUGAAGUAGCAGGGUGGCGUGGAGCCGAAAGGCCGGGCGAAGAGUGGCCCCCGUCCUACCUUUUUUCGUCCUCUGGGGCGGGACUUGCAAAUUCCCCCGGACUGAGUCAACAAGCUCAUUUUGCCUUCUUAAAGAGCGGAAUGUAUUCUGGUGACCAACUGCCACCCCUCGUUCCAGUGGUUCAGCGGAUCUCACUUCAGCCGAAGGAGGUUCUGCGUAGCCGACUUGUUCUAACCCCCUGUCCGACGACGUGGUCUAUGGCGAGGCACGACGUCGACAUGCUGCUCUCCGGCGCCAUCUCUUGGAAAGACGUCUACGCCACGGUCAGAGGGCAGGCAGUACGCGAAGAAGAAAUCGGAUCGUUCAAUCGUCUUUCUCUGAUGCAAAAACACACCCUCUUCUUCGGCGCCUCACGACUGGGGUUCCUGUGUGCGGUAAUGCACCCCCGUGGGAAGCAGAUCGAUGGCAGUAGCCUGGGUCAGACAGACUCAGCCGUCAGCAGGAGUCGGCUUGAUGGUAGCAGCCUCGACACACCGGAUCUGAUCGAUCGAUGGGGUGUGGCUCGGAACAUGAGUGGACCCUUCUGGCCGGUCGGUCUGGGACCCCUUGGUCCUCCUCCGCAACUUCGGGACAGUGGAACUAACAUGGAAGGACCCAAGGCUCGGUGUGUGCGAGAGAAGACGCUUUUAAGACUGUCGAAUCUCUUCACCGCAAAUCCGAACCAACAGACAGAGGCGUCACCGACGACCUUCAGGCGACCAAUCGUCGUCUACGAUAUGAACACAAGCCCCCCGCUUUCGGUGCGGCUCCAACGCGAUUCGCUGAAUCCAGAUGGCAGUGACGCCUUGUUGUUUGAGUCGCGAUUUGAGUCGGGAAAUCUGCAACAGGCCCGACGGGUGGGACCCUACGAGUAUGACCUUGUAAUGAUUCCUGACCUUGUCACCCAACGACACACCCAGUGGUACUUCUUUGAGGUGGCUGGUGCUCGAUCCGGUGUGGAGUACACCUUCAAGGUCGUCAAUUUUCUCAAACCAAUGAGCCUCUACAAACAAGGCAUGAAACCGCUGUUUUAUUCUGAGAAGUUGGCAGCAAGAACGGGAAAUGGCUGGAUGAGAAUUGGAACAGAUAUAAGCUACACAAAGAACAACACAUCCGACAGCCACCCUCUCCUGAAAAAGGACAUCGUCUAUUACGAACUAAAGUGGAAAAUGGUAUUUCCGUUUGAUGAUGAUAGGUGCGUAAUUGCACACAGCUAUCCGUACACCUUCACGGACUUGAAGGCGGACAUUCGUGGAGUGCUCCAGAGGGCAGGUGACUACGUCAAGUGCGAAAAAUUGUGCACAUCCUUCGCUGGAAACGCCUGCUUCGUCAUCACGAUUACCGAUCCAGCUGUUGCGGAUGAGAGCAAGUACGCCUCGGUGUUGACCGCUCGUAUUCACCCAGGUGAGACGGUUGGUUCCUGGAACAUGAAGGGUUUGAUGGAGUUUCUGUCGCAUCCACGAAAUGAAAGAGCCAAGGAGCUGAGACGUCGGUUUGUCUUCAAACUCGUACCCAUGCUGAAUGCCGAUGGAGUGAUUGUGGGCAACUACAGGUGUUCUCUUUUUGGAAAAGAUGUGAACCGCACGUACAUCGAGCCGAGCGAAGACUGCUUUCCUGAAGCAUUCCACGUCAAAAAACUGGUCCAAGAAUGCAAAUCGAGAUACAAGGAUACCGUUUUCUGUGACUUUCAUGGUCACAGCCGAGCCUUCAACUCCUUCAUCUACGGCACAGAUUCCGGUUAUCGAUCGAAAUCGGCUGAUCAGACAACACGUCCACCUAAAACGUAUCUCACAAACCCAGAGAAGUACUUGGUCGAUAGGAUGGUCCCCUUUCUGAUGAGUAGACAGGAUCCCGGAAGGUUCUCGUUCAGGAGUUGUCGCUUCACUCUUCAACCAGAAAGAGAAGGAUGCGCCAGAAUAGCACUCUGGAAACAGUUUAAGCUGACGCAUUGCUUCACCAUGGAGACGUCCUUGUGUGGAACCAAUCUGGAAGGGCCGAAGUUGCGUCAUUUCGAUCAGGGAGAUUUACAAGCCCUGGGUCAGAAGUUUGCCAACGCUCUGCUGGAAUUUCAUAAAAUUCAGAGUGACAACAGGAAAUUGUCUGAAACACUGACAGAAAUGGGCAAGGCGAUGUUGCAGGAGAUUAUGCUCACACGAAUACUGCCCAGAAAAUCACGCCAGCCAAGUGAAGAAAGAAGGGUUCAAAAAUUGGUUUCAUCAAUUGAGAAUAUCGAUGACUUCGCAAGUGCCUUUGGCGAAAUCGGCGAUUAUCUAGUGGAGACGGAGGAUCAGGAUAGCAGCACUGCCUCUGAAUCGAGUUCUGACAACGAAACAGAGCCACAGGUGAUGAAAGAUGUGCUUGAUGACAACAAAAUUCUGGGAAAAAUAGAAACAACUCGUGAACGCAAGAGUGAUUCCGAAAGUAGACGCAAAAGACGAAGUCGUCGAAAUCGGAAAAAGCGGAAUCGAAGAAAGAGGCGUCGCCGACGACGACGACGUCAGUAUCGAUUUUCGUGGCAAAAUCCAAUCAAAAAGGUUUGGCGAAGAAAACGAUCGAAAGAAUCGUAUCCGGGCAUAGUCGACAGCUACGCGGGUGUUUCAAGUAAUGGAAUUCCCCAUUUUGUCGAAGACCGUGUCGCUGAGCGGAUGGCCAAGAUGGGACUGUGCAACGAUACGGCACUUCGACCAGCGUCGUUGGUGAAUAAGGCCAGGCGAAAACAGUCGUUUCGAUUGGCUCUCAAACUGCCUCAGCGUUCGCCAUCUCUAUUCGGCCUUGACGUGGCCCAAGGUCACGUCAGCUCGUGA